GCCCCCCAUCAAGCUUUCACCGUUCGUCCUAAACAUUCCUCCUUUUCCCAUUUAACGCCGUUGCAUCGCUCUCGAUUUUCGAUUCUUAAUUCUUCCGUCAUGGGAGACACGACCAGGGAAGCUUUGAUCACCGGCGGGGGCGGAGGAGCCGGCUCGUCCGAGAGGAACAGGGUGAAGUUCGGGCGAUGCGUGUCGCACGCGCAGGACGAGCUGAAGAGCUUCCGGUCAUACCUCCGGUGGCUGUGCGUGGACCAGUCGAACCUGUGGACAGCGUGCCUGUCGUGGUCGAUGUUCGUCGUGUUUGGGAUCAUUGUCCCCAUCGUGUCGCACUUCCUACUCGCCUGCUCCAGCUGCGACAGCCGCCACGACCGGCCCUUCGACGGGGUCGUCCAGGUGUCGCUCAGCAGCGUCGCCACCCUGUCCUUCGUCUGCCUUUCGAGCUUCGUCCGGUCGUAUGGCCUCCGCCGCUUCCUCUUCUUCGACAAGCUCUGGGACGAUAGCGAGACCGUCAGGAAUGGCUACACCGGGCAGCUCAAUAGGUCGCUGAAAAUACUCUCCAUCUUCGUCCUCCCCUGUUUUGCAGCCGAGAGUGCAUACAAGAUUUGGUGGUAUGCCUCCGGGGCCUCUCAGAUCCCAUUCCUCGGAAACGUCUACCUGAGUGACACCGUAGCUUGCAUCAUGGAGCUCCUCUCCUGGCUCUAUCGGACUACAAUCAUCUUCCUCGUCUGUGUUCUCUUCCGUCUGAUCUGCUCGCUCCAGAUCUUGCGGCUCCAGGACUUUGCCCAGGUAUUCCAGGGCGACACGGAUGUUGCUUCCGUCUUGUUGGAACAUCUUAGAAUCCGGAGACACCUGAGGAUCAUAAGUCAUAGAUAUCGUGCGUUCAUACUGUGGUCCCUGAUCCUUGUCACUGGAAGCCAGUUGGCUUCCUUGCUUGUCGUGACCAAGAAUUCUGCAGAAGUAAACAUCUACAAAGCCGGAGAACUAGUGCUGUGCUCAAUUACCCUACUGACUGCUCUCUCGAUACUGCUGAGAAAUGCCACGAGGAUCACUCACAAGGCACAGGCGGUCACAAGCCUUGCAGCCAAGUGGCACGUCUGUGCCACCUUGGACGACUCGCUUGAUGUGAACGAGAGUGAGACUCCAGUGGCACCUGCUGCAGCCACAGAUGGCAACCCAUUCCCCGUGGAAAUCCUUGGAGAGUCCGAUUCUGAGGACGCUGGGGACGAGGAGGACGACUUGGACAACAACAAGUUCAUUCCGGCUUGUGCAUAUAGCACAAUCUCGUUCCAGAAGAGGCAGGCUCUUGUGACGUAUUUUGAGAACAACCGGGCUGGUAUUACAGUUUAUGGGUUUACACUAGACCGGAGCACUCUACACACAAUCUUUGCUAUGGAGCUCUCCCUCGUGCUGUGGUUGCUUAGUAAGACCAUUGGUAGUUUUUGAAGAAAUUCGAGUUCAUUCAAUCAUAGUCGAAAAAGAUGGCUUGGGCGAAGUGGAAAGAAGAAAAAGUUAUUCGCCGGACCCUCCGGAUGAAGGGUUGUGAGACCACGCGCAUCUCAGAAGAUGCAUCGAUUGAGAUCAUGUAGUAAUUUCUCAGAAGAGGGGUUUGUAAAGGCUCGAUUUUAUUUUUCAGUUUCAUUCUUUUAUCUCUCAUUCUUUCCCUUUUAUAUUUGUUCCUUGUGCUGCCUUUUAUUGUAAAGGCUCGAUUUUAUUUUUCAGUUUCACUCUUUUAUCUCUCAUUCUUUCCAUUUUAUAUUUGUUCGCUGUGCCGCCUUUUAUUGUAAAGGCUCGAUUAUUAUUAUUGUUAUUAUUUUUUCAUACUGCCUCUUCUUUCCCCAUCGCAUGGAUUGUACGUUAAGUAUGUUUACUAUGUCAUAUUAAAAAUCAGCUCGUGUUCUUCCA